UGUACCUGCAGCGAUGUUUUACUCACCUUUUAUUGUGUUUUCAUCGAUCAGGAGCACGAGCAGAUCUUAGUUCCUGUGAUGAGAGAUGAUGAAACCUACAGGCCACCGUCCAGGAGCUGUUCUCUGUGGCCCGAGACGCCAACAUCAUCCCUGAUAUCUCCUUGGAUCCUGUGCUCACCACCUUCCUCUCGCUGGACUCCUCAGCCGCUCUGCAGCAUCACUAUGCCUUCUGUCAGCGGAGCAUGAGCGAGGAGCAGCAGGCUGCAUUCCGCCUCCGCUUGACUGGAGAGCUGGGAGGCAGCAGCAGGGUGACCUGUGGGGGAGUCGGGGUUGUUGCCCUCGCUCUGUCCGUGCUUUUCGACCUGGUUGCCCAACAAGUCCGAGCGCAGGGAUCGACAGAGAGGUCAGCUCAGAGAUCCCAGGCUAACAGCAUUUUAGGGAUCAGCAGUUCUUCCAGAAUCGGCCGGAUCAUCCACACCUUCCUCCGCCAGAUCCCCGGCAUCGCCAGCAACCAGGAGAAGAUGGCCGAGACCACGGAGCUCUACGACAACUGGCUGAAGCUGGAGCUGAUUGACCAUUAUAACAGGAUGACCAUGAAGAAGAGGAUGAGUUCAGUGUCCAUGCAGCAGUGGCUGGCAGGAGCUGCGUUUCAUCUGCACAUGAGGAUUCACCAGGUUCGUCUGCACUCUGUGCCUGUAGGAUCGGCAGAGUCGCUGCGUCUGUCCUAUAAGACGGCGUUAGAUCGCCUGGUUCAGGGCUUCACAGCCUAUCUGCACAGAAACAUCCAGGAGACUCCAAGAUCCCGAAAACCCAGAACCAACACAGACACUCCCACAUUAAGCAGAACAAACGUGACCUGCUCAAGUAAUCACAUGUUUAAUGAUAGCCUGAUUAGUAUCUCAACUAGUACGUUUAACGGCACUGCCACACCCAAUUCAACUGCUGGAAUCUGCAACACAGACACGCCCAGUGCAGACUUUGGACUUAAAGUGACAAACAGAAGCGAUGAGACUUCUGAAGUUGUGAUAAACAGAAAGACACUCAAUAGUUCCACUGGAUAUGAAGAUGUGCAGGGUCUGUUGGUUAUUGAGCCGUGGAGGAACGUGAGUCACGUUGUGCAGCAUCACGCCUGUGAGUCUCCGGCCAUACAGCAAGCUCUGGUGACUCGUAUCAUUAACUGCUCAGGACCUGGAGAGGAACAGAAACUUUUUCUUGUACCCAGAGAAAGUCUUCCGCAGCAUCCUCAGGCAGAAGAGCGACUUUGAGCUGAAGACAAAUUAGACAGAAAUGAACACUGGUGGAAAGUAACUAAAUACAUUUACUCAAGUAUGGUACUUAAGUACACAUUUGAGAUAGUUUUUUCCUCUCACCAUGUAAAACUCAGUGUUAUAGAAAGAAACCUUGCAGGCUUGUGCAGAAUAAGAAGUUUUCUUCAAGAUUUCUUCAAAAUAAUGAAAUUUGCAUUUUCUUUAAUUACUUGAUUUUGUUAACUAUACGAACAAAAAUGGUUUGAAGUGUUUAAUAUCUGACUCGAGAUUUAGUAAUAUUGAAAAGAUAGUUCCCUAGUUAGUGACCAACAUCACCCU